CUCUCGCAAUCGUGUCGAACGCAAACCGAUACGAAAAAAUUCGACGUAAAUAUCUGGUCCCGUACUUGCAGCAGCGCGCGUAAUUCAAAGUUAUCACAACAAGCUAAACAAAAAAAAUAUUUUAUUCAAAUAACAUUUCACUUGCAAUUGUGCAAUUCAAAGUGUGUGCAAAACAGUUGAUACAACGUUUAAAAUUGGCUUUAAAACAAUAUAUUUAAAAUAACUUAAAUUUAAAAGUGAACCGCACAGAACACAAUAAGAAAUUGUACUAAAUAGUGCCCCAAAAUGUCAUCUGUUUAUUGUGAUGUGGUGGGCCAAGCGGCUGGCUCCAGGCAUCUACUUCUGGCUGCCCUGUGAGUUACCGCUGAGGAUAUUAUAUUAUCUAGUGACUGAGAAUUCAAGAAUAAACUGGCAAUAGCAACAACAACACGAACAAGUGCCAGGUGUUAGUUGUUGCAACUGAAUUACUGUUAUAUUCAUUUAACGGCCUUUGGCCAUUUUGGUAAAUUGGAUAAACGCAGUAAACGCGCAUCUCUCGAAACGGCUCAGCCGAAAAUGUGCACAGAGGUUAAUUCAGCAAUGGGUCUUCAAGCAACAGCCGCUACCAAGCGGAAGCAUGAGCUGACCUUUGACAGCAAGGAUGCUAACACCACCUACACGGGCAACUGUGCGCCGCCGCCGGUAAAGGCCAACAAAUGGGCUAUCAACAACAACAACUACCUGGAAUCGCUGGAGGAACAACAACAGCCGCAGCAACAGCAAAAAACGAGCUCGGAACAGCUAACCGAAUCCAACAACAACAACGUGGAGCCCGUGAAGCCAGUGCAUAGUAUUAUUAGCAACGGUGAUGAAGUUACUAACAGCAGCACCAGCAGCAUCAAGAGUCCCGCGGAGGUGCCGCUGCCGCCCACGGCGAGCGCUGCAAUACCCGAGGACAGCAUUGCCAAGUUGGAGGUGGUGGCCGCGGUGCCCUGCGAGCCCUGGUCAACAGCUGCGUCGCCCGUGGCGGCGGCCAGCAGCGAGCCCGUAGAUUGCAUCUCAAAGCUGCAGGCGGUGGCCGUGCCCAGUGAUCCCUGGGGCAGCAUUGCCACGCGCUCCACGCUAGCCACCACGCUGCUGAGUCCGGACGAACUGGAUGACGAUGACGAUGACUUUGAGGAUGACUACGAGGAGGAGGAGAGCAUUAUACCCACCUACUGUCCCAUGCGCUAUCAUCCCUUUGCCCAGCAACAACAGCAGCAGCAGCAGCAGCAACAGCAGCAGCAACAACAGCAACACCAGCAUCAGCAGCACCAGCAACAGGCUGCAGCGGCUGCGGCCGCGGCAGCGCAGCAACAGCGCAGCUAUCCUCCCGGCUAUGGCAGCCGACCCGCCUACUACUCGGAGCCGUUUCCGCAGCAGAAUUGUUCACGCACCGGCAGCCCGCAGCACAUGGCGCCGCGAGGAUUUGCACCGCCCCAAUGGACCACAACAGGCGCAGCGAAUGGCGCCGGCACGGCUGGAGCGGCGGGUGGCGCAGCGGCCACGCCCAGCGGUGCCCAGCAGCAGCAGCAAUUCUAUGAGAACGGUGGCGGAGUCAUCUAUGCACAGCCAGCGCCACAGCAGACCAUACGCUGUGCUGAGAAUGGCAAAUCCUAUCUGGACCUGGGCUGCAGCAGUGCGGCAACAACUACACCAGCCAGCACCCUGCCCAGCAGCAAUGGCAACACCGCACCAGCACCCUCUUCCUUUGUGGCCGGCGGAUUGCCGCUGCCGAUGCCGUUGCCCCUGCCGCUGCACGGGCUGCCGCUGAAGCGCUGCUGCGACGGACGCGGUGGCUGGUGCAGCGCCAACCGCAGCUGCUACAAGGACACGCGCCUGAAGAUACGCAACCUGUCCAUGUUCAAGCUGUCGCGCUUUCGCCAGGUGUCAGAGCAGUCGCUCUACCGCUCGGUGCUUAUCUGCAAUACACUGAAGCGCAUCGAUCGUGAGAUCGAGACGGAGGCCAAGGAGCUGCACCAGGCGGCGCAGCAGCAUCAUCAGCAGGCAGCUGCCGCGGCAGCUGCGGCCGCCGCUCAAGCGGCACAGUAUCAUCCAGCCUAUCAACAGCAGCAGCAGCAGCAGCAGCAGCAGCAACAACAGCAGCAGCAAUCCCCGCCAGCGCCUUUGCAUCAUGCGCAGCAGGACUAUGCGCCUGUGCUGAAUUGCGCCCGGCUGGCCAACAUGGAUCAUUACCAGCAGCUGGCGCAGGCCCCUAGCUUCCAGCCCCAAGCGCCGCUCGGUUAUCACGAGCGUCUGGAGGCGCCGCCGCCACCAUACAGAACCGCAGCCGCUGCUGCACCCGGCGGAUUCCAAGCACAGCCCGCACAUGUCGCUGCCGCCUCGGCAACCAGCAAUUGUGAUACGUCCUGCAGCACCACGCUGCAUCCAUAUGAUCACUACCCCUUCCGGGAGUCGCAAUCGGGACGUGCCACGCCCUUCCCCACUUGUCAGACGACAACAACGUCGGCAGCGGCGGUAGCUGCUAAUCCGCCUGUAGCUGCUAAUGCAGUCAGCAGCGCGAGCGUAAUCUCCGUCAGCACCAGCUCCAGCACUAUCAGCACAGCCGCUGCGGCCCCCGCAGCACCUGUCCAGACAGCAAGCUGUAGCAGCUCGAACUCCACCAGCACUAGCAGCAGCAACAAUGUAAGCUCCGCGUCGAGCGCGGUCAGUGCCUGCGAUUCGAGUGACUCAGGCUAUGCGGAUGACGAUUCGACCCGCUCCAUCAACUGGAGCUCGGUGCUCAGUCUCAGCUCACAGUCGGCGUUGGAUCCGCUCAACAACAACGAUCUGUUCAACAUUCUGCCUGCCGCCACCACGCCCACAGCGGUGCCCGUGUGCAUAGCGAGCAGCAGUACCACCUCUGGCUCCACCCUGGCCUUCAGCGGCAGUUUCACCACGGUGCAGGCGAGCGCCAGUCAAAGCAGCAGCAGCAACAACAACAACAACUCCUCAUCCUCCACGACGGCUACCUUCACCACAUUGUCAACCAUAUCGUCGGCGACGCACUCUCUGACCUCUUCCUACGUGAGCAGCAUCAGCUCCAAUGUGUCAGCGGGCGCCAAUACGUGGGAGUAUGGUUUCCUGGACAUGGAGUUCGGGCUGGGCUCGGAGUUCACCGAGCUGGUGCCCAGCUGCAAGCUUAGCUCCGACGAGCUCUUUAAAAGUGGCCUCAGCGGACCCGUCGCCAGCGCCAACGAGCUGGAACAGCCCGCACACAUCAUGGUCGGCAGUUAGUAUCAGUUGUAGUUCGAUUGUCGCGGAGACGGUGGCAGCUGUGGCAGCCGCCGGGCGUAGCGUGCGGGUCACGCCCGUCCAGGUGGCGCCACAGCCCAAUUCCAAGCAGUAUUCAAUGUGUAAUUGUUGUAGCAAAGAAAUAAUUGAAUCAAACACUGUAAACAUAAUUUCGAAUUAUGCUCAGGUUGUGAAUGUGCAUGUUAUCUCCCCCUUCCCCCAACCCCUUCACAGUCAUCCUACUGAAGCAGACCCCCAACACAAAAACCCUUUAAACCAAAACCCGCUAAACAAGCAAAGCCAGGGGCGCCACACGAUAAUUGCAAUUGUAUUGAAAAUAAAAACUAAGAGAAGAAAAUGGUAUGACAAAUGAAAACUAUUAGCAAAUUUGUUAAGUGUAAAUAUUGUAAAAUUUCAAAUGUCUAAUGUAAUGAAGAACAACUUCUAGAACCUAAGCUUAAGAGCAAAAAACAGAAUUAUUAUAUAGUAUAUAUAUGAUAAAUGUAUCUAUAUUAGCGCGUAUGACAUGUAACUUUAGCUUUGUUAGUUGCAAUUGUUGCAGUUUUUCGAUUACAGCAAAACGUUUCACACACACAAACAGAAAGAAGUUGGACAAAGAUCAAUUAUUGCAGAAAAACACACACAACAAUUAUUUGGUAGACAACAACAACAAGCAAAAUCGAAAAACGUUUACUAUAUUGUAGCCAUAAGUAUUAUUAUUUAUAUACAAUGGAAAACAAAACAAAUGGAUACGUGAGAGAACAUCUUAAAACAAAGUUUUACAAAAAACAAAAAAUUUAAAACAAAUUUGA